AGAAAUUCAAUAGGCCAAUUAAUAUUAAAAAAAAAUAGGGCGCAUCAUCUCAAAUUCUCAAUAUCAAAAGAACUCCCCGCCCGAUCUCCCUCUCCCCUUUCUAUCCCCAACACCCUUCUUAAGGUACGUUUUGUUCCACUUCCAAACUAAAAUUUCUUUAGUUAAUCAUCGAUAUGAACUCGUAGGAGUUUUAUAUUCCAGUGUCAUUAAAUUUCAUUUUGGAUUUGUUCCCUACAUUCAACUGUGUUUUUGAACGCAAAGCACAUGCAGAGGAGGUGAUUUUGGGUUUGAUGAUGACCCGAGACUUCGCAGUGACACGAAAUGGAAUAAUUUUAGCUCCAAUUUGAGCACACCAUCAUUUUUCGUCACCAUGUUAUAGUUGGUACUCAAGAUAUGUCAUCAGAUACUGCAAAAGAAAAUGCAUCUGUAGUUGAUUCAUCCGUGACUGAAUGGAGAAAUGAUAAACGGAAAAUGGACAAUCCAGCCUACCCAAACUAUAGAGAGAAGGAUGACCACUAUCGUUCUGAUUCUGAAGCAGAUUACCAUGCAAACUCAUGUGAACAGAUUGGUAUUUCAGCUGAAGUUGGAAAUAGAAGGCGGAGGUUGUAUAGUACACGCUACUUCAUCAUCAAGAGUCUGACCCAUGACAAUUUUCAAUUAUCUGUUAACAAAGGUAUUUGGGCAACACAAGUUAUGAAUGAGCCUAUUCUGGAGGAAGCCUUUCAUAAUUCACGGAAGGUCAUUCUAAUAUUCAGUGUCAACAUGAGUGGUUUCUUCCAAGGCUAUGCACAAAUGAUGUCAUCGGUUGGGCAGAAACGUGAUCGAGUAUGGGGCCAAGGAAGUGAUGGGCGUAAUCCUUGGGGUCGAACCUUUAAUGUUAAAUGGUUGCGGUUGCAUGAUUUGCCUUUUCAAAAGACUCUUCAUCUGAAAAACCCCUGGAAUCAGUACAAACCUGUUAAAAUUAGUAGAGAUUGUCAGGAGUUGCAUCCAGAUGUCGGUAAAGCUCUGUGUGAACUCCUUGAUGGAAAAGAUGUGUCUGAUGUUAAUAUUAAAGUGGACAAUUUUUAUUGGGGUGACCACUCAGUUAAAAUGCCACAUGUAGAGCAUUCAGUGCAUUCAAGAGACGGAAUCUGUAAUAUGCCGCUGAUGCAUAUGGGACCAAUGAUGUAUUCUUCUUUAACUUACCAGCACCACACGAAUAUGUUUCAUGCAGAACAUCAUGAUUCAGACAGUGAAAGUCCUCUUGCUAGUAUUCUUACUACUCUCACUGAUGAUGAUAUUAUUGACAUGACAUAUGAAGAGUACCUUGAAGCCCAUAGCAAAGGGUCUGGGAACAAAACAAUACGGAAUCAUGUUUCAGGGCAAACAGGGAGUACACAACAAUCAUCCAUCAGCAAAGAAAACUGUGAUGAGUCGCAGUCGGGCUGCAGCUCGAAGAAGAGUUGUCAACGCCAUUCUAAUUCCUGAUUAUGUUGUAUUGUAUUCGCCAGCAAGUAGUUGGAUCAGCAGUUAGCCCCAACCACCAAAGUCCAUUCCUCAAAAUUAGAGGUGAACCGUGUGUGCCGUACUAUAGUGUAAUAUUUAUUGUAUUCCGUUAUUUCCGUACUAUAUGCUGUAAGUCUGUUGAACCUUUCUGGAAUUAAAAAUUUGUAUAGCUUAAAGCUUUUCGUAAGUAUAUUUUAUUUUUAUCUUUUUGGUUUAGUAGAUUGCUUGAAUUUUCUGUGCAGAAGUAGCACACUUUCCAAAAUUUUGAAAGUACAUUUGUUAUUAUGUCUGUGCUUCCCAUUAAUAAAAAAAAGGAUGACGCCCCAUCCCUGAAG